AUGGAGAGUGCAUUGAGCGCAAAUGUCCUUGCAGACUAUUUUGAGUACAAUGUGUACAACGGAAUGUCCCCAAGGGAGGGAUGGCUUCUGAACUACCACAUGGAAAACAAGACGUGUGCAGAGAGUGGCCGGGUUAUGACACACGGGAUUAUGUACUUUGUAGAUAGCGAAAACAAAAACUUUCGGAUAGAAGUUCCUUUCUCUUCCAGGCUUCUGGUAGAGGUGGGCGAGACCUCACUGACCAGUGUUGAAGAGUAUCUAGUGGGAAAGUACCCAAACAGCAUAAAGUCUGUGGAUGUUGUGAAAAGAGUGGACUUGCAGAAGGACAACCAUCUGGCAACGGAUGGGUGCGAGUACCUGGAAGUUAGCAUAUACUCGGAGCAGGAUGCGGCCCUUAUUCGGAAGGAGUUGGAGGAGAUUUCCCGGAGAAACAAAGCGCAGAAAAAAGAAAAGGCUGCAACGCUUCUUUUUGUAAAGGAGAAGAGGCAGUGCGUGGAAGCAGACCCGCAGGAGGCCAUAGUUGGCGUGCACGAGUACGAUAUUUCAACAGUGGUGCAAAUGUCCGUGGCGCUGGGCAUAAAUGCAGGGAGGUGGUACAGGAUCGAGUGCAGCGGCGAGUACAAAAUCACGGAAAUGGAGAAGGUUAUCCCCCCAGACUUGCGGAUAUUUUCGUUCGACAUUGAAACCACAAAAGAUCCGCUAAAGUUUCCGAGCGCGGACAAAGACCGAAUAAUGAUGAUAUCCAUUAUGAGCACGGUGGAGGGAUGGCUGCUGAUAAACAGAGAGAUAGUCAGCGAAGACAUACAGCCUUUUGAGUUUCGGCCAACGGAAGACAUUGGGGGAGACUUCGACAUUUUCAACGAGAAAAACGAGCAGGACAUGCUGAACAAGUUUAUGGAGCUGCUGCACACGUACAAGCCGCACAUAAUAACCACAUACAACGGAGACUUUUUUGACUGGCCGUUUGUUGAGGCGAGGCUGGCACACCACGGCAUAAACUUGAAUGUGUCGCUGGGGUUUAAAAACAACGGGAAGGACGAAUACGUGUGCGAUUACAUCCUGCACAUGGACUGCUACAAGUGGGUAAAGAGAGACAGCUAUCUUCCUGCCGGCAGCCAGGGCCUGAAAAGCGUAACCAAAGCAAAGCUGGGAUACCACCCGGAUGAAAUAGACCCGGAAAACAUGGUUUUGUUUGCAGAGACAAAGCCCAAGCUGAUGGCGUCAUAUUCCGUGUCGGACGCAAUUGCCACGCACUUUCUUUAUCUGAAGUACGUGCAUCCUUUUAUAUUCUCGCUGGCGUCGCUUAUUCCCUUACCGCCCGAUGACGUGCUUAGAAAAGGGUCGGGAACACUUUGCGAGACCCUUCUCGUCAAAGAGGCGCGCGGGUGCUCUGUUCUGAUACCCCCCAAGAAGAAGGCGCAGCUGCUCCACAACUACAACGGGCGGAUGGCGGAGUCUCUUUCGUACGUGGGCGGGCACGUGGAGUGCCUGAAGUCGGGAAUCUACCGGUCGGACUUUGAGUACGAGUUUUCCUUUGAUAGGAAGGGCAUCGAGAACAUGGUGCGCAAUGUAGAGACAAUUGUAGACUUAGAGCUGAAGGGAAGGCCGUGCAAGAACAAGCAGGAGGUGGUGCAGAACAUAGUUGAAAAGCUCGAGGGCCUUAAAGAGCUGGAAAAGGCAAAGCUAAAGCCGCACAUAUACCACCUGGAUGUGGGCGCCAUGUACCCGAAUAUCAUCCUCACAAACCGGCUGCAGCCGUCAGCAAUCACAAACGAGAAAAGAUGCGGGCAGUGCGUGUACUUGGACCAGAGAAGCAUAUGCCAGAGAAAGCUGCAGUGGAAGGCGCGGGCAGAGGUGUACCCCGUGGACGAGAAAACAGUCGCAGUCCUCUCUAAGAGGGCGUCCGAGCGGUAUUACCGGGAGAGAGCUGCCGCGCAGGCUGAGGGGAAGCCGAAGGAGAAGGGAAAGCGGGAGCAGUUUAUAACGUACGAGCACUACCUGAGAGAAGGCCUCAUAGAGUACGCCAGAAAGAACAGCAAAAAAACCAGAGAGGUCAUCAUUGAGGAAAAGCAGAGCAUCACAUGCCAAAGAGAAAACCCGUUCUACGUGAAUGCAGUGCGCAAGUUCCGAGACAGAAGAAACGAGUACAAAAAGCUUGCAAAGGCGGCCAAGGCCCAGGCUAAGGCAGCCGAGAGCGAGCCCCACCAUAGAAGCGGAGAGUCGCCUGCAGAGUGGGCCAAAAAGGCAGGGGUGUACGACUCGCUGCAAAUUGCCCACAAGUGUGUGCUGAACUCUUUCUACGGAUAUGUAAUGAAGAAGGGCGCAAGGUGGCACUCCAUGGAGAUGGCGGCGGUUGUUUGCCAAACCGGAAGCUCAAUUAUCCAGAAAACAAAAAAAGUCAUAGACGCUUUUGGAAUAACGCUGGAGCUGGACACCGACGGAAUUUGGGCACUUUUGCCGGAAAUGUUUCCGCUGAACUACACGCUGCAGACAGAGAGCGGCGAGGUCGGGUUCUCGUACAUAUGCUCUCUUCUGAACCACAUGCUUUUGGAGGCAUUCAGCAACGACCAGUACCAGGAGAAAGACAGCACGGGCAAGUAUUUGGUCAGGUCUGAGAACUCCAUACAGUUUGAAAUAGACGGGCCCUACAGAGCCAUGUUUUUGCCUGGGUCCACAAAAGAGGGAGAAAGCAUCAAGAAGCGGUACAUUGUCAUAAACAACAAGGAGAAAAUAUCCGAGCUGAAGGGAUUUGAGUUCAAGCGAAGGGGAGAGCUUAUGUUCAUCAAGGCGUUCCAGGAGGAAAUGUUCAAUAUGAUGCUGGCCGGGAAAACUCUUGAGGAGUGCUACAGCGCACUGGCUGGGUGCGCCGACUACUGGAUAGACAUCAUCGAAACAAAGGCGGAGGCACUUGCACAGGACGAAAUUUUCACGUACUUUGGUGAAACCCGAAACAUGGCAAAAAGCGCGGAAGAGUACUCCGUUGCAAAGUCCACGUGUCUCACUGCUGCAGAAAGGCUUACCGAGCUUCUGGGGCAAAACGUGGUGGCAAAGGGGAUGUCGUGCGCCUUCAUCAUCACAAAGUACCCAGAAAACGAGCCUGUAACGUCGCGGUCCGUGCCGCAGUCUGUUUUCUACGCGUCAAAGGAGCUGAAGGACAAAUAUCUGCGAAAGUGGCUGUGUCUUAGAACUGUGCCGGAGGACAUCCGAGAAAUCGUCGACUGGGGCUACUACUUGGAAAGACUCUCCAACAUCAUAGCGAGAAUUAUUAUAGUGCCUGCUGUGCUGCAGGGGAUAAGCAAUCCUGUGAAGCGCAUCCAGCCGCCGCAGUGGACUGUGAGCAGAAGAAAGAUCAUCGAGUUCCUCACAAAAACCACAGCGGAGGAAAAAGAAGCUGCAAGCCCGCAAAUUCAGGCGCACGCCCAGCCAGACCAGGCCAAAAAGGAGUCUGCACCCGCGCCAAGAACGCCUGCAGCGCAGAAACUGCUGGAGUACUUGCAGGUGAAGAAGAAGGAGGCAGCCGCAGAAAAGGCAGACGCACAGAAGGAGGGAAAAGCACAAAGAGCGAAAAGAGAGAGCGAGUCUGCAGUAUACGUCUCUCGGAUUUCUGAGAGCGCCUUUACAGCAGUCUAUUUAUGCGACGGCAAGUUUGUUGAGCAGGAGAAAAAGAUAAAGAAGAUUUUCUAUCUGCAAACCAGCGCGGAGCUUUUAGAAGCUAUUUUGCGCACAAACCAGACUGCUGCAGCCUCUAUGAAAACUGAAAGGGUGUUUAAGCACGCAGUUGGCGUUUCGGGGGAGAGAGAGUACGUGCGGAUAGAAAUAGACCCCGUGGAGUUUAAGUCCAAGUUCCACAAGUACACGGGGCUUUUUGAGAGCCCGGAAGUAAAAAGCAUACACGAGCUCGACAUCCCGCAGGAGAUUCGCGUGCUGGAGGCAGCCCGGUUCAGAAAAGUUCCGGUGUAUGUGGUGGCAGCGUGCACUGCCGAAGGAAAAAGCACGUACUCGCUGUUUUGCAGCUCGGAGUAUGCGGGCGCGGAAGUGCCGGAAAAGUUUGGGCGAGACACUGAAGGCGUUCAGAUCUUUGAGAAUGAUGCGUAUGCGAGCCUGCUCAGUGAGCUGGAGAUAAAGCCUGCUGGUGCUGUUUUCUUCACAAAGUCGCUUCCUGGGGGCCCGCUGAAAACAAAGCAUCUCCACAUUCCGCUGGACGUUCCCUCCGUGAAAACCAUCCAGGGAAAAGAAGUGGCCAAGGGCCUGCUUUUGGACACGCUUUGCAGGGCGUCAAAGGCUGCGCAGAGCCUGGUGGAUAUAGCAGAGUACUCUAACACGCCAAUACUCCCGGGGGACCUUGCGCAGGGCAGUUUGGUUUUGGACUACCUUCACUACAAAGAAAGAAGCGCAAAGAACAUCAUAGGAUGGAACGACUCGCAGAGUGCAGCCCGCGCCCACUACACGCUGGGCACAGACGACGAAAAUCCGUUCAAAAAAGAGUUCUACAAGGAGGGCGUGUACGAGGGCAUUUCUGUGGGCGUCUCUCUGUCUGGCACAGUUUUGCUGAGCAUUAUUGAGGCAGACACGCUCACAAAAGAAGAAAGAUCGUCUUUCAAGCAGGGCGUGGAAAUGGAGGCGUUGCAGGCGCUUGCGAAGAGCGUGGUGUACGGGUGCAUCAAAAAGCAGAAGGGCGCGCUCGAGCUCGCAAACAGGUUCCCCUUUUGGAUUAGAUCAUCAGCAAAAAGCACAACAAUAACCGAGGCUGUUUCCGCCAGGGUGGGUCUUCUGCAGAUUAAGUUUGUCUCUGGCGUGGUGGCAGCCAUAAACCGGGCGGGCAGCGAUGUUGUUCUUGCAGACUGCGAAGACCUUAUUGUUUACACAGGGCAGGCAACCCAGCAAAUGGCACAGGUGCAGAUGGACAGCGUGGUUUCUGUGGUGGGGGCGCUGGCAUACGGGUCUCUGCUGCGAAUCCACUUUUCGCAGUGGUACAGAAGAAUACUAAUAAUAGAUCAAGCAAAUUACCAUAAAAAGUACCUGUCUGGCAAGGUACAGUACGAGUUUAUGCAUCCUAUACCUGCAGGAGUCAUAGACUCGCUUCUGAGCAACGACGACCUUUCGGCGCUCGAGUGCAUUAAAGACGCGUACAUGAAAGAGAGCCAAAGCGGGGUUUUGCUUGCUAGGCUGCUUAUUAAGAUACACGGGCUAAAGUACAGGGAGCCGCACUUCUCUAGAAAGGCUUCUGCGAUUGUGCAUCUCAGCCCCUUCUCGGAGGAGCUUUCCCGGGAGUUUGGCGAGUUUGUUACUCUGUCCAUGGAAUGCGCGUGCUCGGCAACAACCGCCAUGCACUCUUCGCUGGUAAAGCCUUUGAGCUUCGCGGAGACAGAGCAUAUCUUUGCCUGCUUGAUACAAAACAGCCAGAAAAUCGCGCACAAGUGCCGAAAGUGCUUCGCUCCGUUCUCGCGCGCAGUGAUGGAGGCGCGCCUCAUACAGGAAAUGUACAGGGUUGCAAAAAGAGUGAUAAAAAUGGAAAGAAAAUGUAGCAGAUGCAAAAAGCCUUGCUCUGGCAUGAUCGAGAAAAGGUGUGCGUGCGGCGGACAGUUUGAAAGGAACGUGAAAAAAGACUUCCAGGGCGCGGUGAGCUGCAUUACGUCCCUGUGCCUAAUUGUCCCCACUGCGUCAGUAAUAAUAUACGCCAAGGAAAUGGUGAACCAUCUGCUGGUGUGCAAUGAAUAA